AUGGUUGACCCGGACCUAAUAUUGUGUGGGGGUUUGUCGCUUUGCUUGGCAGCAUCGCAGCAAUGGGUGCCUUACAACAACUUGGAGUCGUUUUUAAAACAGCAACAGGACCAACAGUUGCAACCCAGCGAAUACUCGGGACACGAUUUCAGUAGUGAUGCAUCAGAUUAUUCUCACUUCGGUGGUCACAAUCUCGAACCACAAUCCUACCCAGUCCACCAACACGUCGAGGAAGAGAAUCCAGAACCCAUUAAACAUUAUAAAGAAGUAAUUGUCCCUUUACCAAAGAACGUUGAGUUCAAAAUCAACCAACCAAUACUGAUACCGGUGCCACAUCCGAUUCCAAUCCAGGUGCCAGUACCAAAAGCGGUUGUGAUACCAAUUAUUAAAGAAGUGUCGAUUCCGGUGGAAAAAUCCGUACCGUAUCCUGUGGAAAGGACAGUGCACGUGCCCAAGAUUAAGGAAGUACCGUUUGAAGUCAUCAAACACAUUAUUGUACCAGUUGAAAAACCGAUACCAUUUAAGGUACCAGUGUAUGAAACUAUCAUUCAUACUAAAAAGGGCUCCCACAAGAUUCGUUGA